AACUUAACAAAUCCAUAAAAAUAACCAAAAACUCACCGGGCACCAUUUGACACGCAGUUGUUUCUGUCCGGGUGAAGGCAGAAGAGUGAAGCCAAACAGUACACACAGCACAGCAACAUGGAAAGCAGCCUCCGCUUUAAAGACAUCUUCUGCCCAGUGCUCUCAACAACCUGAACAAUCUUUAGUAUUCCUUUCAAAGAGCCCAAGAUGUUCCUUAUUUGGGCAGCUCAAGGUAAAGAUGGGCAGUGAUGUGUAGUUGAAGAGUGGACACAGUUUGGCACAAACCACAUCCAGGAGCUUUCUGUGUAGCAGAGUGUAGCAGUGGGCACAACAACUGCUGACCAAAAUCAACUUUCAAUAGCAGUGAACAGUCUAGUAGGGGUGAAUAACAUUGCCACAUUGUUGACCAGUGGGAGUCUGGCUUUAUUGUGUAGCACUGUCAGAUCUUUCCUCGGUAUGGACGACUAUGUGCAGAUUGUUAAAAGUCAAUUGUACUUGUGUGGUUUUAAGUCCAUUGUACUUGAGGGCUUUGACUCAUUCUCAUGACUCCAGAGGGAAGUUGAAGAGGUUACUGCAUUCUUGUGGAAUCAGUGUGACUGAUUUGUCUUGUUCCCAAAAUAUAUCCAUAUACGUAUGUUCACUGUUAAAUGUUACAGGGUUUGGAUAUGGUAAACGUUUUUUUCAACUAUGAGUGCUUCUGUUUAUUCAGAGUUUGCUCACUCAAGAGUAAUCACAGUCAUGCUGUUAGUGUCCAAGCCCAUUUUCCAAACCCAACCCCCUUUUCAUGUUCAUCAGUUUCUCUUCCCCCUUUUAGUUUGUUCAAAGUUAACAGACGGAUCCCAUCUCAGAUUUACCAACAAAACAGACAUGGGCACAUCAACUCAAAUAAAAGAAAUUGUCUUUUGUCCUCAUCCUGAAGCCAUCCAAAUCUAAAAGAUGCAGUAAGAGAUGCAAGAAUGACCGCUUACUUGGAAUCCUUCUUCUGGACUUCAGUUGAAAUAUGUUCUCUGUUGAAUUUAUUGGACUUUUCCACUAUGAUGAGAUUGGAUGUUCAUGAGAAAGGAGUUCAUCUGCUUCUCAUCACUUUUUCAGGCAAGGAACACUCUUAAACAUUUGAGAAGUAUCCUGAAAAUAUUUCAAAAGUAGGAUAAAGAUUUGGAUAAAUAUUUGAUCGAUAGAUCACCAAUGUCUUUGCAUUUUAGUAAGGUUAGGUUGUAAAUUCAAAAUAAUCACAUUUUCAUGGAUAUAGCCACCUCCAGUACAGCCAGAGGAACAAGGGGCGGACAAAUGAAAGUACAGCAGCAAAAGGAGGAAUGUUUUGUGUUUCCCAAUCUAAGAAAAGAAAAUCUACAUCUUCGUAUCAAUUUCUUCCUCUUGAAACCACUAUCUUGGUCUGUUUAAACGCUUAAAGUUCUUCUCAACUUUGAAAAAACAAAAAUAAAAAAUUUGAUGCAACAAUGAUCACUUUCAACAUGACUCAGGAGACAUCCUUGGGAACUAUGAGGGAGAACUACGAAGUGACAUCACCCAGUCCAGAGCUCACAACCCCUGCUGUGAUAGAAAGCAGCGUAGUGGCCAUGGGUUAUAUUCUUAGUGUUGGAUCCAUUUUGAUUAUCUCCACCAACCUUUUAAUCGCCAUUGCCCUGGUCCUGCUCAUCCGCAAGAGGGGCUGCCAGAGCUGGUGUUUUGUCUUAAACCUAUCCAUUGCGGACAUCCUAGUUGGCGUGGCAAUCACUGGCAUUGCCACUGAUGCUGUCAAAGGAACGACAGCCUCCAUGGAGAAGGGCAUUUGUUUGUUGCGCAUGACCUUUAUCAUUGCACCCUCUGCAGCCUCCAUCUUAACCAUGUUCUUGAUCUCACUGGACCGCUAUGUAGCUAUAAAGUUGCCUCUGCGCUAUUUGCAGUUAAUGAAUAAUAAGAUGAUUGCUGGGGCUCUGGUUCCCAUCUGGCUCAUCUCAAUGUCUGUGGGAUUUUCACCCAGCAUUUUGAAACCAUUACAGAAGGAAGACUAUCACAAGGUCUGCACAUUCUUCUCCGUCAUAGAGCCCAAGAGCAUCAUUGUGGUCUUCUGCCUUUUUUUCUUUCCACUGGUCUCGGUUUUCAUCUAUUUUUACAUGGACAUCCUGAAAAUUGCAUGUGGCCACCAGAAGCGCAUCCGUGCCCAGCAAGCAGGUUCACGCUUUCUGACGUCUAGCCGUUACUGGGGUCACAUAAAAGCCCUGCGGACUGUCGCCAUGCUGGUUGGUUGCUUCACGCUCUGCUGGUGCCCUUUUUUUGUGGUUAGUAUUGUGCAGGCAUCAUGUCCAACCUGUAAACUCUAUCACGUUUUGGAGAACCAUCUCUGGCUGUUAGGACUCUCAAACUCCCUUAUAAAUCCCCUUGUUUAUGCCUGCUGGCAGCAAGAGGUGAGGAAUCAGAUCUGUGAGAUCUUUGCUCAUAUUAAAGUCAGGUUGUGUCUUGUGACACACUCUGAGACAGCAGACAGAUGCCUCACAGACCACCCGACUGUCAGUCAGGCAGUAACAUUUCAUGACAAGAUGAUAGCCACCCCCUUAAUUUGCAGUAGGUCUUUCACAAUUCCGGAAUAACAUCUGGAAAAUAUUUCCAAUAGAUUGGGAAUAUCCUUUCAGUCCACUGGCCAUAGGAAACUGUAAAAGGUUUACAAAACUGCUAAAUCCCUCAAUGAAUGUGGAGCCCAGAGCAUCUGUCCAAAUACAACAGACGUCACUUUAUUUGCUUUCCUUUUCCACCUGCAAUGAACACAAUAUGUUCAAAAUAUAACCAAGGCACUUAGUUCCCAUUUACAUUUUUUUCCCAAUUGUAAAAUGACUGUAAUAAAUUAAAAACUAUUUGUGUUUAUGUUUCUAGAGGGUUUAUCAUCAUCGUCAUCUUGCCCACUGGGUAUAAUAAGAUGUCUGUUUAUAAGGCAAUAUUCUCUGUAAAAUGGUUUCAUGCAAUAUUCAUUGUGAACAGUACUAUAUAAAUAAAGUGUA